AUGUCUAUAAAUAUAAUCAAAUCUCAUAAAAUUGAAGUACCCAAACAAAGUGGGAAGAAAAAAUGUAUUGGGAUUUGUAUGAAAACAUCUCAAUUGUUUCGAUCAAAAAGCUUAGAUGGGUUUAUGAGACUUUUAUAAUAAACAUGCUAUCAAAAAUCAGAACAAUUCAUCGAUACAAGAUAAGUUAUUUCAACUACACGAUAACUGACCACUUAAAGGACUUUGAUGGAAUUUGGAUUUGUCAAUGGAAGAAGCUCUCCUAUCAAAAAGAAUAGAUAACAUUAGAGGAGUAGAUAAAAAAAUUAUAAAUUUCCGGAGUUAUAGUAUAAAAUAAGGAGAUUAAGUUGUGGAUGCGGUGAGUGUGGAAUGGUUGGCAGAAAGAUAAGGAAAUUUCAUGACAUUCUCAUUUCAAAAGUCAAAGAGGAGGAAGAAGAACAACCAUAAGAAAUUGUAAGAAAUGGGAAGAAAUUAAGGGGAAUUUUUAAUCAGGUGGCUAAAACUGCUAAAGUGUGCAUGAAUUUAAGAACUUUGCAAUCGGAACGAGAAAGGGAUGAGAAAGCGGAGUUUAGUCCUGAGGCAAAAUCAAGUGUUUUGGAGCUUUAAUGUAAGCAAGUAUCUCGAAAGAUCAUUUAGCAGAACUAAGUGAAUCAAUUACCAUUACUUAAGAAACCUUUAAUGAAAGAUUACAUUAGGAAAAUUAACAAUCUGAAUAAUCUAAUUGAAUAGACUUAACUGAUAACUAGUCAGUCUUCGACUCUGAUUAGAAAUUCAGCGCCUAAUUUGGAUGCCUUCGAAAAGAGACGAAGAGAAAGUCCAAUGUCGAAAAGAGAGCAAUCAACUCAUAGCUCUCGACAGAAACAAAAUGUAUACUUAAUAAAAUCACCUCUGAAUGGAAUAAACUUAUAGAAGUUCAGAGAGUUUAAAAUAAAAUAAUGA